AUGGCAGAGGCUUUUAGUGUUACAGAAAGUACUACUAAUAUCCUACAACUUACAGAGAAGCUGGUGGCGCUGGGUUAUGAGUAUAUCGCAGGCAUAAAAAACGCCCCAGACGAUCUUCGGCAGCUAUUGAACGAACUUCUCUCGCUCAGUAAUGUCCUUUUUAUGUUACAAGACCAUCUGCAGAACUCAACAAAUUCAACAGCCCCAAAUGCAGUAUUAGGCAGUAAGAAUGAUCUAAUGUCAGAAUGCACGCUUGGUUUGAAACAACUGAAGCUCAAGCUGGAGUUCAAGAAACGGAUCCGGGGAAAGAUGACGUGUCUUGUGUGGCCAUUAAAGAAGAGGGAAACCAUGAAGUGGAUAUCCCAAUUGGUACUUUAUAAUAGUCUUUUCUCAUUAAUUCUGACGACAUAUCAAUCCACCCUUUCAAAAGGCAAUGAGAGGCAUGCCCGGGAUACCAAUAUAAACAGCUUACCGGAUGAGUCUUCACGCGUGUCUUUAUCGGAGGAAAUUAGAGCGUGUACCCAGGAAUCAAAUUUCGGCGCACACAGCUUUCAAACAGAUUAUAGGGGUCAGUCCACCAGGAAAGAAAGACAAGAUCGAGCCAAGAUCGAAAAGGAUCAAAAUAGUAUUCUUAAUUGGUUAUUUCCUGGGAAUUUUGAUAUCAAACAUCUUGAGAUCAGUGGGGAAAGACUAAGAGGUACUGGGAAAUGGCUAAUGGAGACGCUCGAAUUCGAAAACUGGAUUAAAGGACGUCAAGAUUAUUUAUUGCUUUGGGGUUAUGGAAUUCCUGGUGCUGGAAAAACAUACUUGAGCUCACUGGUUAUUGAUCGAACAUUUCUCCGUGUUAUUUUUCAUAUUGAACAUAUAUGUCAACAAACCACAGUAAAUCAAAUCUUCACAGAGUUAGACAGGCUCAAUAUUCUAGGAUAUGAGGAAUCGAGGCCUUUGGAUUUUACUUACGACAUAAUCAUGAAUAUCAUCUAUAGGAAGCCGGGACGCUGCAAAGAACUGGCAUUAAGCGUUUUCUCAUGGCUUGUGAAAGCUAAACGAAAAUUGACAGUGGAAGAGAUUCGAGAAGCGGUUUCUAUCACAUUGGAUGCAAGUGGACUUGAUGCAAGGGACCUACCCGAUCAGUCGAUAUUGCUGGAUGCCUGUGCCGGGUUGGUUAAAAUCGACAAGAACGGAGCAGCCCGAUUUACCCAUUAUACAAUCCAGGAAUACAUCCUGAAGAACAGUAUACUUCCUGCGGACACGAACUUUAAGAUAGCAGCAGCAUGUGCUAGUUAUCUCUUAUUCGAUGAUUUCAGUUGUCAUAAUUUCCUCAGGAUAGAUGGUUCUGGAUUGCAUACGUUUCUAGGAUACGCCUGUGAUUAUGUAUUUUCUCACUUGAGGUGUUGUGAUCAUCCUUUAACGGCCAUUUCCUUCCUCAAUCUCUUUGAGAAAUUAAACCGUGGUAUUAUGCCUGGCUGCGGGCUCCACCUCUGGCCUUCGAAUAUGCCGCUAGGAGCAGCGAUUGAUAUGGGCCUUUAUACUAUUGCUCGACAAUUACUGGAAAUGGGAUGUGAUCGUUCUCCUCUAAACAGUUACAACCUCCAUAAGGCAGUUAUCGAAGAUUCAAGAGAGAUCAUACAAAUCCUUCUUGAAAACGGAGUUGAGAGUUCAGUCUGGGACGAUAAUGGAAUGGCACCACUUCAUCUUGCGGCGAUAAAAGACAAUAUUGAGGUUGUUCGGUUAUUUCUCCAACACGGGGCGGAUAUUUCUAUCCAAGACGGGGAAGUAGGGCUAACAGCACUACACAUGGCCGUGUCCCGAGGCCACAACGGAGUUGUAUCUCUACUUCUGGAGAACGGGGCAGAUAUUUCUACUCCUGAUGAUGAGGGCCAGACAGCAAUACAUUCCGCAGUCCUGGGGUUUCGAAAGAAUCCGGAGACAUUGAGUCUUAUUCUUCAGAUGAGUGAUAGUGCGGAUGUAUGGGCCCAGGAUCAGUCCGGUUGCACAGCCUUUCAUCUAGCAGCAACCCAUGGCUUUGAUGAAGUUAUCCAAUUGUUUAUCGACAACGAGAUAGACUUUAGUAUUCCUAUUAAAAGCAAUUCCGGAUCAACACCACUCCAUAAAGCAGCUCUUCGAGGGCAUAAAUCAUUUGUGCAGCUUCUCAUAAGAGCUGGGGCGGCUGACGAUAUCUCCAUUCAGGAUAAUCAUGGGCGAACAGCACUCCAUCUAGCAUCGCGAGGAGGCCAACAUGGAUAUUUUCAUCCUUCAAGUGUUCAAAAGUAUCAAUCCAAUGUUAGCUAUCGUGGCGUCAUCUUGGCACUUCUCGAAAACGGGGCAGAUAUCUCUAUUCAGGAUUAUAGUGGGCUUACAGCCGUGGACGAGGCAGUAUCUAGAGGCAAUAUCGACAUCCUGCAGCUAUUUCUCGAAGAGGGGGCCGAUCUUUCGCUUUUCAAGGAUCAUGGAUCAGAAGCAUUCUACUUAGCAGUAUCUCUGGGCAGUAAGGAGGUUGCUGGCCUACUCAUCAAGAAAGGUGUCGAUAUUUGGAAAACUUCGGGUGAUUAUAAACAAACAGCGCUCCAUGGCGCAGCAUCUGGAGGGCACUACGAGAUUGUAAAAUCACUUCUUGACACCAAGGCGCGCCCGGAGAUUUCUCUCCAGGACAUAUUCGGGCAAACAGCUCUUCACAUUGCGACUCUAGGGGGGCACUAUGAGAUUGCGCGUCUUCUCCGAGAGAGAGAUAUCAACAUCGAGCUUCGAACAAUAUCUGGACAAACAGCGGCUGAUAUUGCGGCCUCUACGGGCCACACCGAGAUUGCACGAUUGAUUCUUGAAAGCGAAGUACCUCAUCCGCCUAGAUCAGUUAUACCCCACGACACAGGCGUAAGCACAACUCGCCAGGGCGAUUUUAUGAGGAGAGCGGGUGUUUGGGCCACGGGUAAUAUGCAAGCGUCUCAAGGACAGGUAGCACACCACGGGUAUAGAUCGCCAUAUAGUACAAUACAGGCAGAGAGCCAGGAGGCAGUACCAGAUGAAAAGACAAGACAGCAACCGGACGCUAGAAUUUUAAAUAGGAACAAGCGAGCGAGACUAAACGAAACGCCGGCGCAGAUAAGCCAUUCAGAAGAUAUAUUGAAAAAGCCACGAACGGACAUAGAAGAAUCCAUAGAAGCUUCUUUUGCCUGCCGCGGGACUUCCCCUGAAGCUGUUAUUUAUUAA